AUGUCUCAGAACAGUAAAACUCGUGUGGGUAUUGUUGGAUUCGGAGAACUGGGUAAAUUCUUGGCCGACAAAAUUCUUCAUGAUGAGAAAGCAAGUCAAAAAUUUGAAAUUGUGUUUGUGUGGAAUAGAACUUUUGACAAGAUUGAAAAUGACAAGUCCAUCAAGCCGGAAUGGUAUUUGAAAGAUUUGAAUGAUUUUGCUUCCAAAAAACCAAAUAUUAUUGUCGAAGUUGCCCAUCCAGAUAUUAUUGUGGAAUACGGAAAAAAGUUCCUAAGUUAUUGUGAUUUGUUUGUUGGAUCUCCAACGGCAUUUGCCGAUGAAAAGUGUGAAUCGGAAAUUCGUCAAGUAUUAUCCAGCAACACAACGAAUGGUUGCUAUGUGGCAAGUGGAGCAUUAUGGGGAGCGUUCGAUAUUCAAAAGAUGGCUCUCAUCGGAGCAUUGAAAGGACUUUCAGUCACCAUGAAGAAACAUCCAUCAAGUAUGAAACUUACAACAAAGGAAAUGCAAGACAAACUUCAACAAGCUCUCAAUGAUCCCACUAAAGAGCAUAUUGUUUAUGAGGGACCUGUGCGACCAUUAUGUCCCAUUGCUCCAAACAAUGUCAAUACAAUGGCUGUCGCAUCACUGGCAGCAGAGAACCUUGGAUUUGAUGGCGUUAAGGCAAGAUUAGUGGCUGAUGCAAGACUUGAUGCUCAUGUCAUUGAUAUUGAAGUUGUAGGACCAAAUGGAUUCAGUGUUGUAACUAAUCGAUACAAUCCAGCAAAGGUGGGAGCUGUGACAGGUCAAGCCACUUAUUUUAGCUUUUUGAGUAGUUUGCUAUUGUCAGGAGGAAGAGGAGGAGGAAUGCAUUUCUGUUAA